UAGAUUGUAGUAGCUCUCUUUCAGUCAGCUGACUGGAAGUGUGUAGCAACAGUUGGGUGAGGGGCACCGAUGCGUUGCUCUUUGCCCUUCACUCCAACAUGAUCUCUGCCCUUUUGUUGUAAGGGUUUUGAACUACAGGAACAUUAUGACAGAAAAUCUUAGCAGUCUUAAACUUUUUAAAUUUUUGGUAUGCCUUGAUAGUGUGAGUGUGCAUACUCAUUCUGUGUGUUGUUUUGGGGGAUUCAGAGCUAGGCUGUUUCAUAGUUUCUUUCUGUGUAAUAGCCACAAGCUGGGGCAGGCCUGUAGGAAGGGGCCCCAUUGGUCAUUAGGACUUGUCAUUAUGCCUGGAGGAGGAGUGCUGAUAAAUUCAGAUAGUGUCAAUUGCAGAUGAAAGAUUUGCUGAAGAUGCUAGGGGUGUCACGGUCGACUAGCCUCUGCUCAACAAGUCCCAUCUUCUUUCAGUCAGCAGGAAAGUAGAAAGACUCUCCCACACUCCGGUUCCCCUCAGCCCCUUGCACCCCCAGCCCCUCACCCUGCUGCCUACCUUCGCUUCUUUAGCCCCACUACACAGUUCCCCCCCACCCAGCCUUCCUGCUUACCUUGGCUAAGCUGCUUUGCAUGUUGAUUGGGGGAGGGCUAAUCCAGUUUGCAGCUGUCGUAGACCAAUGAUGAAUCACCUUUCCGUCAUUUGGCCAUGCUCCCCUUACUCAGGGAGGAGGGAGGACCUGGAGGAGGAAACAACAGUGGAGUAGGACUGCGGCUCAGAGACAGACAAUGUGGAGGCAGAAUAAAGAAAAGGGAGUGUGGUUUGAGAGGACUCAGAGCUGUCUAGGUCCAGAAACAAUUAAGGAGCUUGCCAGAGCAAACACACGCCUCAUGAACUUCUCAUCCGCCCAUCACUGAGGUCUAUGGAAAUGCAGGAUCUAGCCAGUCCUCACAGCCGAGUAAGUGGAAGCAGCGAAUCUCCUAAUGGUCCCAGCCUUGACAACUCACAUAUCAGCAACAAUUCCAUGACACCCAAUGGCACAGAAGGAGAUAACAUCACAAUGCUUACCACUGCAGACUGGUUGUUAGGUUCUAACUUACAGUCUACAGCAGUUAAAACAGAGCCAAUGAGCAGCAGCGAAAUCGCCUCUUCAGUCACAGACUCUGCUUUAGACAGCUUCUCAGGAUCAGCUAUUGGAACCAGUGGCUUCAGCCCAAGACAAACUCACCAGUUCUCUCCACAGAUUUACCCGUCCAACAGGACAUACCCACAUAUUCUGCCUACUCCUUCGUCUCAAAACAUGGCUGCGUAUGGGCAGACGCAGUACACCACAGGAAUGCAGCAGGCCGCAGCAUAUGCUAGCUACCCUCAGCCAGGCCAGCCCUAUGGCAUCCCUGCUUAUGGUCCAUUGUGGGCAGGCAUAAAGACCGAGGGGGGUCUGAACCAGUCCCAGUCCCCGGGACAGACGGGCUUCCUGAGCUACGGCUCUGGCUUCACCACACCACAGACGGGACAGGCCCCUUACAGUUACCAGAUGCAGGGUGGUUCUUUCACAACAACAUCAGGGCUGUACGCAGGAAACAACUCUUUGACAAACUCGACAGGCUUUAACAGCACACAACAGGACUACCCCGGAUAUCCAGGCUUUGGCCAGGGCCAGUACGCUCAGUAUUACAACAGUUCCCCGUAUACCUCACCCUACAUGACAAGUAAUAACACCAGCCCCAGCACACCUUCCACCACCACCACAUAUACUCUCCAGGAACCUCCUGCUGGUAUCACCAGUCAAGCUCUCACAGACAACCCUGCAGCAGAGUACAGCACCAUCCACAGUCCAUCAACCCCCAUUAAAGAUUCAGAUUCGGAUCGAUUGCGCCGGGCCUCGGAUGGAAAGUCACGUGGCCGUGGAAGAAGGAACAACAACCCAUCACCACCGCCCGACUCUGACCUUGAGCGAGUUUUCAUCUGGGACCUGGAUGAAACAAUCAUCGUUUUCCAUUCCUUGCUCACGGGGUCUUAUGCCAACAGAUAUGGACGGGACCCUCCAACGUCUGUAUCAUUAGGACUAAGGAUGGAAGAAAUGAUCUUCAACUUGGCAGACACACACUUAUUCUUUAACGACUUAGAGGAAUGUGACCAGGUACAUAUUGAUGAUGUGUCUUCGGAUGAUAAUGGCCAGGAUCUAAGUACGUAUAACUUCAGCGCUGAUGGUUUCCACGCAGCAGCUACGAGUGCCAACCUGUGUCUGGCCACAGGCGUUCGGGGAGGCGUGGACUGGAUGAGAAAACUGGCCUUCCGCUACAGACGAGUAAAAGAAAUCUACACCACCUACAAAAAUAACGUUGGAGGUCUGCUGGGCCCUGCCAAAAGGGAAGCCUGGUUGCAAUUGCGAGCAGAAAUUGAAGCCUUGACGGACUCCUGGUUAACACUGGCACUAAAAGCACUAACAUUAAUCCACUCAAGGUCAAACUGUGUGAAUAUUCUUGUGACCACCACGCAGCUCAUCCCAGCCCUGGCAAAGGUCUUGCUCUACGGCUUGGGAGUCGUCUUCCCCAUAGAAAAUAUUUAUAGCGCAACAAAAAUAGGGAAGGAAAGCUGCUUUGAGAGAGUAAUUCAAAGAUUCGGGAGGAAAGUUGUUUACAUUGUUAUCGGAGACGGGGUGGAAGAAGAGCAAGGCUCAAAAAAGCACAACAUGCCCUUCUGGAGGAUCUCCAGUCAUUCGGACCUCAUGGCCCUUCACCACGCUCUCGACCUGGAGUACUUGUAGCACUACACCAACACCACAGUAAACCCCUCUCUGCACAUCAGGACAUAGAGCGACCUUUCACCUUUGCCCUCUAGCCCCUAUCCUUUGCUUUGCUGUGGCUUCCAGAGCUCAGAAAAUAGGAAAAGCACCCCCACAAUACUCUCACACACAAACCCCAGCUCUUCCUCAUGUGCUGCCCGGCUGCCCGUCUGUCUUUCGCUACAAUGAAUGAAAAAGAAAAGAAGAGGCGAGUGGGAAAAAAAAAGAAGCACGCGGUUAAUGUGCUGACAUAAAGUCACGCAUUGUCUUAACCCUGAAACUUUUCAUUUCUCUUCUCUGCGACACAAAGAACGGGAGAGAGAGGUGAAUUUAUGGUGCAGCAGCUGCUCACCCUGGUUACUGUGAAUCGGCUGCUCUCUGAAGCUGCCAAAGUGUUUUACGGCCCCUACACACCUUCCCGUUUGUGCCGGGGCUCCGUCAGGUUUCACACCUUAGAGGAGAGCAGAGCUACUGAUGGCCUCGCCUUCCGCGCCGCAGAACUCAGCUUCAGCUGCCGGCCAAGCUUUCCGCCGUUUUCUCCACAUACUUUGCUCUUUACCAGUUGUUCUUUCGAUUCACCACCUUUUACGUCUCCUCUCUCUGUAAGCGGACCGACAGACUUGGGGUGAUUUCUGUCAGCCUCAGCGUGGGAGUCCUGUGCUUCUUAUUUAUGAACAGACUUUGCAAGUGGCCCCCGCGCCACUGAGAAGGUACCUCGAUAAGACUUGUGCCUUUUACAAAGAAACGGUGAGAGGAAGACAUGUAUGGAAGAAUCAAAAAAUAAAAAUAAAAGGGGGUUUUCUAAUAAUUUAAGAAAAUUAACAAAAAACUUAUUUACAACGCUAAGACAAUCGUGUACAGAGGAAAUCCUUUUUUUCUGUGUGUAAGUUUGUAAUCACUGGACUAUUCCUUCCUAUAAUCAUUUAGGUACAUGUUCUUGAAAGGUGGCUUUGCUUUUUAAUUGAAGUAAAACUAUAAAGGAAUUAAAUUGCCCACAAGCUUGUGGAGGACACCUGAAAGUGUUGGACGUAUUCAAGUUGAAUUUUGUUAAAACGGUGUAGAUAUUGGGAUUGUGUGAUCAAUUGUUCGUCAAGACCAAAAUCGUUGAUAUCAAAGUGUCAAGGAGCUUUGUUUUGAUUCUGAGUUGUGUCUCAUCCUUGUCUCUUCUACUAUAUGUUCCAUAUUUGAAGGGGAAAAGGGUUUAUUUUAGUCACUCAGAGAGGAAGCUCUCCACUUGUGUCCUCAUGGCAUUUCACCAGCUUGCAACCCUGAUCUCAACAUAUUAAAAAGACAAAAUUAACUCUGGUGAAGGUUUAAAGAAUUGCAGCAAAAGGCAGUUUCCUGCCUCCUGAGGGGCAUUUUAACUGCAUUUCGGAUAAAUCUGAUAUUUAAAGAAGCAAGCUUGAAUAGGUUUUAUUAUCUUUUAUACAAGCACUAUAAGAACUCUUGUACAGUGAGCGUAAUUUUGUAUGAUGUAGUGUUUUUAUUUCAACAUUGACUUCGACGGGGUAAUCAUAAUUAACAGUGAAAGAAAAGCCACUAACUUUAAGGGAUUGGGGAACUUACAGGACAUGUGCUAUCAACUGUGAAUUUCUUAAAUAGAAACCGACUUGUUGUGUUUCUAAUUUUUCCCUCCUUUGCACAUGUUCACUCUUGGCCUUCGCAUUUAACUUCAGAUCCCUCUCUGCUCGAACAGAGCCCCCCUUUGUGUUGAAACAACCUCCACACACACGCCUACACGAGCACACAGACACACAUACUGCUGCUAGAUCAAGGUAAAGGUAGGUAAAUAGAGAAAAUGUUUUAUAGAUUCAUACAGCACACUUUUUUUUUUAUUAUGUUCCAAUCAUAAAUGCAAACUGGAAAUAAUUUACACUUCAUGGGCCUCAUCGUGAAAACGCAAAAGAUUGUUGUGUCUGCAAAAAUAUGUGUACAGAUGUUUUUGACAUUAUUAUUUGAUUGUGUUUAAAUUAAUAAAAUUGAUUUGUGAGCUGUU